UUGGCCAUCCUUUGCCGACUCGUCAACAAACUGAAUUGGGUUCAUUCGCUCGCUCGCUCGCUCGCUCGCUCGGAUAGGACUUCUGUCUUUGAAGAAACCAACUAAAGUCUCAUUGACGCGUCAGUCACCAUCUCAGAUACACUCCGGCCCACGUGUGACAACCGCCAAAAAGCAUGGCAAUACUCGUCGAACCCUGACCCUGUGUCCGUUGACGCCGGUGUUAUCGUCUGACGGCAGAGGGGCGGGGCUACCGCUUUCUGCUUAUCUGUCGGCCGCACUUGUACGCUGGUGGUCUGAAGUCGUCGCCAUGUCCGUUCCGGGAGUACCAAACGCCAAGGGGCAGAAGUGCUGUAACUCAAUUUUCCGGUUUUUGCCAGAUCUCCAUUAGAGAGACGUUCCCCGCCGACACCCCUGACCUUCCCGCGCUCGCCGUCGUCCCCCGCCCGCCGCCAUGGAUGCCGUUCCCAGGAGGUGGGUGCUAAAGCCUCUGUCGCCCCCGACGCACCUCUCCGACCUCCGCGGCGCGACGGGUCCCAGCCGAGACGAGGUCGCGAGUCCCGACGGCUCGGUGGCGCGGGCCCAUCGGGUCACGCUUUGGCAAGAGUGGAGCGACAGCGACGACGGCUCGGUCGAAAGCUCAGCCGACAGCUCGGUCGGCAGCUCCGGUCCUCGACACGGGUUCUACUCUUUCGUGGAGGACCCGAGCAGUCCGGAAGCGGAGCUGAACGAGGCGUGGAUGUUCUCGCCUCGGCGGUUGGCCCAUCUCACCACCUUGAAGGAGGACAAAGCUUUUAAAGUGCAGACCUACAGCGGCGCCAAGAAACCGGAGAGUUUGUUCUCAGACUCCCAGCCAGACUAUCGCGUGCCAGAGGAAAGCCGCAGCCAAGUAUUGGGGGAGGCAGAAGAGAUCCGACUGAGGAAGGAAAUCAUCCGAAAGCAAGCCCCGAAGAAGUCCACUUUCAAUCUGAACGAGCGGCUGAACACGCUGGAGAAACUGGAUUGGAGUCCAUCCAAGAUGGCGGAUGGUUUCAGUUUGAGCUACAGCCCCGUCAGACUAGAAGCGCCUCGUCCCGUAGACCCCGAGACCAUCGACGGGGCCCGAAUCGACUUUGCCGCAGCUCGGCGGCAGUUUCUCAAGUGGGAAAAGCGCUGCGUAGCGCCACCGUCGAAGCACGCGACGGGGUCCGGAUCUGGUGAGCUACAAAGCUCGCCUCGGCUCGAGCAUGUAUCCGUUCCCGGCAGACCGGGCGACCCGGAGUCGCCGGAUCCGAAGGACUCAUCGUCGGAGAUGCGUGACGAUUCGAUCGGGCGAAGAGACACACUCGACGAUCUGCGACCGAUUCGGAAAGGGGUGUCCGACGAUUGUGACGAGACCCCGAUUGAAAAAGAGAUCCGCUUAGUUCAAGAACGCGAGAAGAACCUCAGACACUCACGAGGCCUGAAGCACAGUGAGGGACUUUCAGAGAUGGUGGAGGUUCAACACUUGCCACGUGAUGAGACCCGCGCCAGUUUUAUCAUCCGGCGACAAAACCACAACCGGCAGGCUCCGGAUCGACCAAAAGAGAACCUGGGAAAGCGGGAGACCUUUUUGUCCCAUCGUCGCCCACGCGGACACGGCGACAAAAUCUCCACGCCCCCGUUUCCUCAGCACUCGUGGCCAGGGAAAGGAAGUCUUUCUCAGGGGGCCGAGCGGGAGUCCGACAGGAAAAAUGCUGCCCGGGAUUCAACCGAGAAGGAGAUAGAGGAGGUUCUGCGACGAGAACGGGAGCCGGGGAAGUCCGGGCACUCCGGAGAGUCCGAGGACUUGCCGUCCGGAGGGGAAUCAACCUCUGACCUCUUCUGCGCAGACACGGAGCGAUUGGACCCUACAGAAAAGACAGGCCUGGCAGAGCAAACAGAGAGGUCGAGGACAGACGACGGCCCCGCGGGCGGCGAGUCAAAGUUGGGCGAGGAGCACUGGCAAAGCGCUCGUUUCCUGUAUGCCGGAAUAAAGCCUAUCGAUGACAUCAACAACCAGGUGGUGGAAUCCACUCGAGUGGUUCGACGUAAAAACCAACGCGCUCUGCGCUGGGAGGCCGGGAUCUUUGCCAACCGGCCGGAGCCGUGAGACCGCUUCCGUGGGAAAAGCGCAUCUGUUCCCGUCUGCUGUUUCUAUGGCAACAAAUUGCAAAGCCAGCAUCUUCUACCUCCUCCGUCAAGCUUGUCCAUUUCUCAAAGUUGAAUGAUAUUUGUCCCCUUCUUGAUAUUUGCAUGGAUUUCCAAAGACAAAAAUGCUUUCAAAUCAUUUUAUUUGUCACGCAUGCAGCCUUUGCUUACAUUCAAUCAAGUAUAUCACAUUGAAAGUUUUUGGCACCGCGUGCCCGACUGACACUUUUGACGGUACGGCUCGGAAUCCUCGCGCCGCCCAUUAAACCCACGUUCUUCGGCGCGCGUUCGGUUCAUCCCGGACGCGGUUAACAAGCGCUCGCUCGUCAGGCACUGUGGACCCGUCGUCCGGCGUUCUGGCAUUUUUGGCCGGAAAGGGGCCCGAUGGUUCAUGACGGCGAACAGACAGAGUCGGGCUCAGGGCUCAUUCUCGACAUCAUUUUUGGCGUGCAAACAGAUUACGGAUUCGCGGCAACUCCGCAACACGGACCGCUACGCCGGAACCCGACCAAGAGAUCUUUCUCCGUAGGGCCGAGUCUCGAAAAACUCCGUGGCGGGAAGGCCGAGCCGGAGAUUCCUCGGGCGGCAGAUUUCACUUACGCGCAGUCUUAACUAACCCUUAGCGCUCUCUUCUGCAUUAUUCUAUUCUGCAGACACCCGGUCUUUCGACCUCGACUCAUCUUUCACGGACGCAGACUUUUUAAAAAAGCGCUUCUAUGGUUUGUCUAUACGACGGCGACAGGUCCCGAACAAUCCAAAGGGUUCCAGCCGACCUUAGCGCCACGUUGUCAAAAGUUUGUCUUCUUCUCGUGUCAUUCGAAAGCCGUCGCUAAACGCGGAUGAGCCGAAGACCAAGAAAUACCAAUUCACAAAGGCAGAGGUGGGUAGAGUCGCUAAAAGUGUGACUAAAGUAAGCAAGAGUAGUGUUACUUCAAAGGAAUGUAACUCAACUCAAAGUAGGUGAAAACAAUACUUAAAUCAUGAGUCACCUUGGGAGUAACUGCUUACAAUGUCUGAUAUUUUGGGAUUUUCUUCUUUCUGCAUCAACUGUUAUUACUAUACAGCUCUAUAAGCAGGGGUGCACAUCAUUUUUUUUCAUAGGUUACUCACACGAGCACCAAGUCGCCAACCAUUUAUCCACCGCGGACCGGUGUUAUGUGAGCCUUGUGUUUUCACAGACCGGCAGAAAAUGACAGUACAGUGGUACCUCUACAUACAAAGUGAAUUGGUUCCAGGGCCUUGUUUUUAAGUCGAAGUGGUCGUAUGUCGAGCAGGAUUUUCCCAUAAGAAUACAUUAUAAUUCCAUUCAUUCGUUCCACAGCCCAAAAACCUACACUAAAUUCUUCAUGAAUACUGUCUAUACUAUCGUCUUCCGCUUGCUCCAGGGUCAGGUCACAGGGGCAGCAGCUUUAACAGGGAAGCCCAGACUUCCCUCUCCCUAGCCACUUCAACCAGCUUCUCCAGCGUGUCCUGGGUUGGCCCAGAACACCUCUCCGGGGAGGUGUCCAGGAGGCAUCCGAACCAAAUGCCCGAGCCACCUCAGCCGGCUCUUCUCAACGCGGAAGAGUAGCGGCUCAAUGCAGAGUCCCUCCCGGAUGACCGAGCCUCUCACCCUAUCUCUAAGCGAGAGCCCGGAUACCCUGCGGAGGAUACUCAUUUCGGCCGCUCCUAUCCGUGAUCUUGUUCUUUCGGUCACGACCCACAGUGACCAUUGGUGAGGGUAGUAAGGUAGAUCGACUGGUAAAUCGACUAAUCCUUCUUCACCACCACGGACCGGUGCAGAGUCCGCAUUACUGCAGAUGCUGCACCGAUCCGCCUGUCGAUCUCCCGCUCCCUCCUACCCUCACCCGUGAACAAGAGCCCAAGAUACUUGAACUCCUCCACUUGGGGCAGGAUCUCAUCCCCGAUCCGGAGAGGGCAAUCCACCCUUUUCCGACUGAGGACCAAGGUCUCGGAUUUGGAGCCGCUCCAGUGAGAGUUGGAAGUCACGGCUUGAUGAAGCCAACAGCACCACAUCAUCUGCAAAAAGCAGAGAUGCAAUGCUGAGGUCACCAAACCGGACCCCAUCAAUGCUCUGGCUGCGCCUAGAAAUUCCGUCCAUAAAAACUAUGAACAGAAUCGAUGAGAAAGGGCAGCCUUGGCGGAGUCCAACCCACACUGGGAACAAAUUCGACUUACUGCCGGCAACGCGGAAUAAACUCUGACACCGGUCGUACAAGGACCGAACAGACCUUACCAAGGGGCUCGGUACCCCAUACUCCCAGGGCAACCCCUACAGGACUCUCCAAGGCACACGGUCGAACGCCUUCUCCAGAUCCACAAAACACAUGUCGACCGGUUGGGCAAACUCCCUUGCACCCGCGAGGACCCCGCCGAGGGUGUAGAGCCGGUCCACUGUUCCACGGCCGGGACGAAUACCACACUGCUGCUCCUGAAUCUGAGUUUCUACUUCCCGACGGACCCUCCUCUCCAGCACACCCGAAUAGACUUUACCGGGGAGGCUGAGGAGUGUGAUCCCACUAUAAUUGGAACACACCCUCAUCCUCCGGUCCCCCUUCUUAAAAAGGGGGACCACCACCCAGGUCUGCCAAUCCAGAGGCACUGUGCCCAAUGUCCACGCGAUGUUACAAAUGGCAAUUACACAUAGCGAAACAAUAAAUCAUUAAUAAAAACUGGAAUAAUAAAACAAUAAUAAUAAUAAUUCCUGUAAUAAUGGAACUAAAUGGGUUCUAAUGUGGCGGACAUUUUAUGCUGUACCUGAACGCACCGUGUGGCUGACGUGACAGUGAGAUAGACAGCGCGGUUCUAUUUGACAUCCUCUUUUAACGUUUUGUUGUUACCGUCAACUGGAGCGGACAGUAGGCGUGUUGUUUAGCACAAGUUCUGAAAUAAAUCGUACGCAAGCGCCGCGGUUCACGGGGCCCCCGGUGCGGCCGCCGAUCAGGGCGGAGUGGGGUUUCUUUCCAAGCGGCUUUCGGGCUGGCUCCCCUCCGCGGCUGGCUGCUGAGAGCCAGCCCUCACCGUCAUUGCGGCUCGGGGUUUCGUCGCUGGGAGAACCCUCCGGGUAAUUAAAGGUGGGAAUCUUUGGGCACAUAAUGAUUCGAUUACGAUUCAGAGGCUCUGAUUCGAUUAUAAAUCGAUUAUUGAUGCACAACCCCCCAUACACCCUAAGCUUUUAAUGUUUUGUACAUUAGUUCCAAAAUUGUUCAAAAAUCCUCUCAGGCUAAACCAAACUACUAUUUCAGUAUCAAGUUAACAGUUCAAAACAGUAAAUAAACUACUCAAGUCUCCAUUCUGUAUCAGCAGCUUUAAACUACAUUCAAUUCAUUUAAUGUUGUGAAUCAACCGUUGAAGUUGUUCAAAUUGCUCCCGUUAUUCAAUUAUUUCCCUUCUGUCUACUUUCAACAUGUGAAAGUUUUGAAACAGUUUGAAAGAUAGAUUCAAGUCAAGAUUUUGCCGACUUAGGGGUAUUUUAGAUAAAAAGUAAUUAGGUUUGCUACAACAGAGCCUUCUAGAGAAGUCUACUGCUUUAAAAUGGCGGCUGCUUACUAGCGCCGGCAAGCCUGUCAUUUCGCAUCUAGUUCUCUGUACAUGUUCAAACACUGCUGUCGGCUGUUAUUUCGCAUCUAGUUCUACAUAUGUGUGAUAUCUACCAUAACCGUAUGUUUGUAGCAACUAGCAACUGGGGGCUGUUUGUAGCGGCUGUCGGCCGCAGUCAGGUACUAUUGCUUUUUUUAUUUAGCGGCAUGAGUUGAACAUGAUAUUUACUCUCGAUCCGUUCCUCAUUGCGUCCCGAAGACCGCGCUGACUGUGUUUUAUUUCACCUUUACCUGGUAUCAUUCAAUCAUUGGAAUUUGGAUGUUUGUGAAUCGUUUUCGAAUCUUCCACGGUCGAAUUGCGAAUAAUCUAAGAAUCGGAAAUUUCGCACACCUCUACGAGUAAGCGUCACCUUUUUCCCUUCCCCACCUCUACUAACCUUCUUGGAACCUGUACUGAUUUUUCCCUCAAGAAAAUUCGGCAUGCGUCCGUCUGUGGCGCGGUCAUGUCGUCGGAUGUACAAACAAAUAGCGAAUACAAUUUUUCGUCGGAUGUCGAAAAGAUCGUGUGUCGAGGUACCACUGUAAUUAUAAAAAAACACCACGGGGCUAAAAACCAACAUUAAGUGCAUGGGGAAAUGUAACUCACCAUACACUGAAUCAACCUUUUUUAACAGCAGCCUCUUCUAAAACUUAAUGGUAAAUAUCCUCGGUCGCCUGCAUAAUAAGUUCUUCCCCAAUCGGGAAGGGUUUCUUGGCUUUGGUUUGCUACGAGGUACCGACAGUGGCAAUUGCAAGGAAUGCUGAGCUUCCCCCAUAAUAAGUGAUUAAAUGUAUACAUCCCAUUGGCUAAGUAUGGGCUACAACACAUUCAACUUUUGGUCAGAAUUGGCUUCUUAAUUUUCAUUCCGUUGUUCUGAGUUGAACAACGGAGACUUUCAUAGCCGUCCCAACGACACUUGACUAGCGAAAAGUCCAACUUCUAUUUCUGGUGUUUUUUUUCUAUUGAAGCCACUUGAGUGUGGAGACUUGAGUUCUGGCACACUAGUUUCUUUCUUUGCAGAGCAGCCCCUCUACCGUCACAAAGACGGUAAAGACCAGCAACUAUGUGCUCUCCUGACUAUAACCUUUGACACAACUAUAUUAGAUGAAAAAAAAACCCACAAAAUAUACAAUACUAUAGAAUCUUCACCUCCAACAUCACCUGACUCAUCCAAAGAGCACGAGUGCCCUCUAGCGGAUUAAAAAAAAAAAUCCUACCACAAAAUGAAAAGGAUCCGGUUUUCCGUGGUCGAUCGGUGCCAAAUAAAAACUUGUUUUGAAAUCUGCGCUUUCCAGUCAUGUUGACUCAAUGUCAAAUAGUUCCAUUUUUAAAGCGCUUUACAGACGCCACGUGAUUGAACAGGGCGACGACUCAACAUAGGACUUGCUGGCCUGUGUGCGGUCACGUGACUGUAUUGUGUCAUCUGAUCGGUAUCACGGAGUCAUGUCAUCAUUGUUGCAAAAAUGGAACGACUUAAAGUAGCGGAAUAAAAGUAGCGUUUGUUCUUCUCAAAUCUAAUCAAGUAAAAGUCAAAACUAUGGCGUGGUAAAAGUACUCUUAGAAGUUUUUCUCCAAAAGUUACUCAAGUAAAUGUAACGGAGUACAGAGUAUCUACCCACCUCUGGUCGUUGGCCACCAAGUGACACUUAACGACGAGCCAAAUUUUCAACUUUGAAAUAUUUCUUUCGGAUGUACCGACUCUUGUAUUGUCCGAGCUCCUCCCCUUUCUGACAUUGAUUUAGUUUACGACGAUGUCGUGACAAUAAUGAGCUUUUUUUUCCACACAAACAUCAAUUCACCUCCACCGACGGGACGAGCGUGCAUGCUUCGCAUCACCACGGUAACCGAGCGACGGCAACACAAUUGAGAGAAAAGACACUUACACAUAGAGGCCGCUGCGUUACAUUCGACGUUUGCGCCGCAAGCUCACUUGGCAAAACCGUGAGCGAAAUGUGGCUCAUUUCCAGAUUUAGGAAAGAAAAGAAAAUGUCCCUUUUGAAAUGGUAAGCGUUAAGACUUUUCCGCUUCCGUGCGAUUCAGAGCUCGACGCGGCGGCAGAUGUAUGUCUUCGGUUCAGACGGUUAAUCGGAGCCAGAUUCUCACCGCUCUAACAAAGAAGAAAAAUUGGAUGCACGGCGAUAACGAGACGGAGGCCCGCCCCUGCGCUAAUCCUUUAUUCUGCGACCUUGAAAACUCCUGAGGUGGUUCUCUCCUAUUGUCAGAUGCGCAUCUCGCUCCAGAAGAACCAGCGCCGUCUUGCGUCUGGCGGCCAUCUCCUCACGCUGGGCCUGCGUCAACACCUCCAGUUCCGUUGGCCGGAAGCAGUCUCCUCGCCGGAGGCCGUCGGGGUCGUACGCGUCACGCUCGUCGGCCCGCUCCCGGGUAUUCGGUGGGGCCCGGCAAAAGGCGUCCGCCGCGACGACGGCUUCGCGUCGCUUCUCGGCGGCCUGUCGGCAGCUCGGGCGGACCCCGGCGCUUUCUGAGGAGUUCUCGGCCGGCCCCUCGGACGCCCGGAGUGGUCGCGGCCGGCCGGCCACGGCUUCGGCAAGGGCCUUCUCCCGGAUGGCCGACCAUUUGGCACGGGCCGAGGAGGUCUUGGGCGAGACGGGGGGAGGUCCCGCUUGGGGAACCUGAGGCGGUCUGGGCGCAGCCGGAGGAGGAGGAGGAGUCGGUUCGCGAUCGGAAGCCGACUCGUCGCUCUCCCGCCGGGCCUUCCGCAUCCACUCCGACGGCAGACGGCGCGACGCGGCCGGGUCCGCCUUCGGAACGCGCCGGAACGGCUCUGUCGGGGCGACGGGCCCGACCGGAGCGGCCGCGACGCCGGAUCGCGGCAAAGUGUUGCCGAAGGUCAGCAUGGUCUCCUUUGCCAUGGGACUCCGCGGAGCCAUCAGCUCCACGUCUACGCCGGCUCUCUUCAGGCUACCCGCGCCGUCCGGGGUCGCCGCGAUCUCGUCGUUGCUCUCGGAGGCCGAAGCGGGGCCCUUGUCGUAGACCGACUCGUGCCCUCGCUCCGUCAGCGCCCGCAAAGGGUCCUCCGGCGCGGGCGGCGGAGGCGGGGCCGGAGCUGCGUCGGAGGACUCGAAGUUGGCCACGGCGUUCAAAGCCUGCGGGACGACAGACAGCUCGAUAAGGCGGGCGGGCGCGUGGCGGGCGGGCGGACAAGUGUUUGCUCACCAGGUAAGCGGCGAUGAAGGCUCCUAUCAGAAAACCCACGUAGAUGUCGACGGGGUGGCUGCGGUGCUGCGUGAUCUGAGUCAAGCCGCUCAGCGCGGCCGCCAUGACGAACAAGAAGACUAAAACGGGCUUGAGGAGCUUGCUGCCGUCCGAGACGGUGGAGUUGAAAUACAUCUGCGGGGAGCCGCGCACGUGCAAUUAGCCUUCGGCUAGUGCGCUAACACUCCUUAGCAAUAAUGACUUUCUCAUCAGUCGUUGCAAGUGUUGCACUGAAACCGAUACUCGGCUGUGUGCUAUUGGCUGAAACCGAUACUCGACAGACAGAAAUAUACCAAAUCGUUUGUUUUGUUUUUUAACGCUAAAUGAAUGCAUACUCAAAUAAAUGCUACCAUGGCUUGGUCAGAUCGUUCUUUUGCAAAAGAGGAAAAAAGAC